GCGGGGCACACGGCGAAAUAGCAUUCACAAACAUGACAAAGAUAACCAUGCUGCUAAUCGUGCUAAUACUUUCAAUAUUCAAUUUAGUGAACUGUGAAUACCAGUAUGAGACUAAAUUGUUUAAAGUCCCCUUGGAUCAUUUCGGGUACCAGAGGAACGAGUCGUUCAACAUACGGUAUCUGGUGAACGACAGUUUCUGGGACAUUGGAAGUGGACCCAUCUUUUUUUAUACCGGCAAUGAGGGUCAAAUCGAGACGUUCGCUCAACACACCGGUUUCAUGUGGGACAUCGCCUCCAGCUAUAGGGCCAAGUUAGUCUUCGCGGAACACAGGUACUAUGGACAUUCGAUGCCCUUCGGCAACAAGUCUCUAGACAACGAGCACGUAGGAUACCUGACGGCCGCGCAAGCACUGGCAGACUACGCGGAUCUCAUCAACUACCUGCAGGGAGAUAGGUUGAAGCCAAAAUAUCCUGUCAUUGCCUUUGGAGGCUCCUACGGCGGAAUGCUAUCGGCGUACUUCCGCAUGAAGUACCCUCACCUAGUCACCGGAGCAAUCGCAGCAUCAGCACCAGUGCACAUGUACCCCAACAUGGUGCCCUGCGAAGUCUUCCACAGGAUCGUCACAUCCAGCUUUAAGAUUGUCAACCAGAAAUGCGUUGACAACAUAAGGAGCUCGUGGAGUGAGUUGAGAACAUUCCUCGGAUCUCAGAACAACAGCGAUUGGUUAAAAAACAACUGGAACCUCUGCGCCCCUACCAAAAACUCCACAGACGUGCAAAGUCUAGUCGACUACCUGCAGUCCAUGUUUGAAACCCUGGCGAUGGUGAACUAUCCGUUUCAAUCAGACUUCCUGAUGCCCUUACCAGCACAGCCUGUCAGAGUUGCCUGCCAGUAUUUGAGUGAAAAGUUGAAUGGCACACAACUUUUUGCGGCUAUAGGAAAAGUGGUUCAAGUAUACGCAAACUACACUGGAAAAACUGAUUGUGUGAAUUAUAAAAACACUGAUUACGGAAACCUUGACGCAAGUGGCUGGGACUAUCAGGCUUGCACGGAAAUGAUAAUGCCGAUGUGUACAACUGGCGUAGACGACAUGUUCGAAGCUUCACCGUGGAACUUCACCAAAUACGCGGAGGACUGUCACAAGAAGUACAACGUGUACCCUCGCCCCGAGGCAGCAAGAAUAGAGUACGGGGGGGACAGGAUCAAGGCGGCCUCGAAUAUAGUCUUCAGUAAUGGACUAUUGGACCCUUGGGCUGGAGGUGGUAUCCUCAACAGCAUCAGCAGCACAGUGACAGCAGUGGUGAUCAUCGACGCGGCGCACCACCUCGACCUGAUGGCCGCCAACGCCCAGGACCCGGAAUCUGUCAAAAUGGCCAGGAAUAUACACAGGCAAAACAUUGAUAAGUGGCUCAGAGAGUUCAGAGACGAGCAAUCGAAGAGACAUUGAAAUGUAGUCACCCAGUACCAAGAACCAGUGUAAUUGUUGUUAAUAUAUUUUUAAACCAA